AUGAAGCGAACGCUUCGACUUGUAACCUGGAAUAUCAAUGGAUUGCGUGCGGUGCUACAGCGUUUAGGGCAGAGUGUACAAGAGUUUCUAGAGAACCUUGAAGCUGAUAUCAUUUGUCUGCAAGAGACGAAAAUAACGCGUUCGGAACUCGAUCAGGAGUUGGUGCGGCCGCCAGGCUUUGACGCCUUCUACUCCUUUUGCCGGCAUCGAGGGGGAUACUCUGGUGUGGUGACAUUUGUUAGGAACGAUUUGCCAACCAUAGCUGCUGAAGAAGGGCUGACGGGUAUUUGGCACACUCAAGACAGUGUGGGGCACAUUGGAUCUCUACACAACGAGCUUUCGACGAAACUGGUGCAUGAACUGGAGUCCGAGGGACGUUGUGUCAUCACCAACCAUCAAGCAUUUGUUCUCCUCAAUAUUUACUGUCCAGCUUUAUCCUCUGCAGAUCGGUUGGAAUACAAACUUCAAUUCCACGCAUUGCUAGAAGACAGGGUCAAGGCUUUACGAGAAGCGAACAAGCGCGUCGUCAUCGUAGGCGAUAUCAAUAUUGCGCAUCGGGAAAUUGAUCAUUGCGAUCCAGGCGCUCAUCGAUCUGAUUGUAGUUCUUUUGCGGAUCAUCCGUGUAGAAAGUGGAUGGACGAUUUCCUCGGACUGCCCGAAGAGAUGAAGAUGCCAGUACCUUGGGAACGUAAUAAUGACAGAUAUAUGGAGGGGAAAUGUGCCGCUAAAAUUGUCGAUGUUUUUCGGCAUCUGCAUCCUAAUCAGACUAAGGCUUUUACGUGCUGGAACACCUUAACAGGGGCACGCCAAACAAACUAUGGAACUCGGAUCGACUAUAUAUUAGUAGAUGCCGUAUUUCUUACUUGUGUAUCCUCUUGCAGCAUUGAAGCAGAACGCCUCGGAUCUGAUCAUUGCCCGGUAGUUAUGUCUUGCACCGUAGAGGUCAAAACUGAUUCCGGCACCAACAUUGGAGGUGUUGCUGCAUUAUGCGCGAAGAAUUAUGUGGAGUUCUCAGGCACGCAGCAGAGCAUUGAAGCGUUUGUCGUACAGAGUCAGAAUACUAUUGAGAACCAAAAUACUGGAGCAAGCUUCACGUUUUUGUCAGCAUCUCCAGGAGCCUUUGGUUCGGGUAAACUCCGUUCCAAAUCGCGAAAAAAUUGUGGCCAACAGUCUAUAACUUCGUACUUCAGUCAUAGAGUUGCAAAACGAAAGUCGACAUCUCCUGGCAAACUUUCCGAGAUAGAAGGGUUUCUUGCAGACCAAAUGCUGUCAAAGAAAUCAGCAAAGGACAAGGUUGCUGAAGAAGGGAAAAUAAAAUGGCAGCAAGUGCUUAGUGGACGGCCUCCCCCAACACCUAUGUGCUAUUGCGGCCAGCCCACUGUACUUCGAUCAGUAUUGAAGGCAAACGACAAUAGGGGACGCAAGUUUUACGUCUGUACUAAACCAGCGGGUGAGAAGAGCAAUCCUAAAGCUCGGUGUAAUUUUUUUAUGUGGGCCGAUAACAAAGGAGCAAAAAAGCCGAAGGACCAUGCUGCAACACUGUGA